AUGCGCGCCGCGUUGCACGGCCUCGCCCUGGAGCUCCUGGCGUGCGGCGUCGUGGACGGCCGCGGCGGCUCUGACCUCGUCGACGCGGUCACCCUCGAGGUCUACUACUCCCCGAGGUGCACCCGCUGCUGGAAUUUCAUCCAGCGGAACGUGGUGCCCCUCCUGGAGGCGGGACUCCCCGGAGACCAGGUGCUCGUCACCGUGCUGCCAGUGCCCUUCACUGUACUCCUGCCUGGCGAUUGUGUGAAGGACGUGGGCUGCAUCGCCUCCGUGGCGCCGCUCUGCGCGCUGAGCGGCCAGGCGCUGCACGCGGCCGCCACAAGCACCCCGCGGCCGCAGCCCGCUGAGGACGCCCACGGAUGCGAGCGCGGCCCGGUGCCGCUCCAUCCGCCACGCGCCCUCGAGAGGGACACGGUGAGGAACUGCGCGGAGGUUGCAGGCGUCCCCCUGGACGACAUAGACGACUGCAUCGCCAGCAGGGAUGUGUUCGACUUCAUCGGGGAGCGGAAGUUGUUCGGGUCGGUGGGCGGGCGGCGUGGCACCUUUUCUUCCUCCCCGCUCAUGCACAGCAAGAGCUACACCGACAACGCCUUGGAGGCCCUGGAGCGUAUCGACACGGAGGGCUUCGAAGGCCACGUCGGCCUGCCGCUUGUCUUUCUGGACGGGGCCCUGCUGAGCUGCGACGGUUACGGCUGCAGCGCGCGCAAGACUCCUUCGGGCGAGGAGCCCCUGGAGCGACCCGGAUCCCUGCUCUCGGUCGCCUGCGCCUCGCUGCGGUCGCCCCCGGAGGCCUGCCGCGGCGCUGGCGCAGACCAGGCCGGCCUGGGGGCCGAGCCGGUGGACGUCUCCGACAGGCUCCCGUGCGAGAACUGCGCCGAGUCCGGGCGCUUCCGGUGGAGGGCGCCCGGUCGCGCCGACGGCCCCCCGGGGCGGCUCGCGCUGGCGGCCGGGGCGCUGGCGGCGCUCCCGCUGGCGCUGGGGGCGUGGCUGCGGGGGCGGCGGCCGCCGAGGGGCUGCAGCUACGAGGCCGCCGCCGCCGCGGAGCUCCAUUCCGCCGCAGGAGAGAACACCAAGCCAUGGUUCCUCUACGGCGCCGAGGUGGACAAAGAGACCCGGGAACGCGUGUUCACCAAGUACAAUGCCAGGGACGACAUGGGCAAACCCAUCAACGGAUGGCCUGCUUACGGGGAGGGCAUCCUGACCCCGGCGGAGAUAGCGGAGAUCGAGAGGCGCAACGAGUACUUCAAGUGGGAGAGCCGGGGCGAGAAGAUCGUCGCGGAGCUCCUGAAGGCGGACGCGGACGUGAUAUCGCUGGUCGAGAACGACAAGCAGACGUAUUUUGCCGAGAGGCUGCGGCGCACCUGGGACUCGGGCCGCGUCGCCCACGUCGAGGGCAUGGCGUCCGAAGCCAAGACCAAGGAACGCAGCGACCUCUGGGAGGACCGGUUCGCGUCGCCCAGCACUGCCACAGCGGCCAUCGACGACAGGGGCCACUUGGCGACAUGGAAGACCAUCGGCUCGUGGAUCUACUACAUGAGGGACGGGAAAGUGGCCGCCAUCACGACGGAGCGCUGCAAGGGCCCGCUACAGUCUAGGAGGCAGUCCGUCCGAGCCUUGUGGAAGGAGUGCACUCACCCGUCCCUGGAGGCUGGACAAGUCUACAUCCCGACCAGACCCCCAAGGGGAUGGAUGGAGACCCCCUGCCCGCACCACUACAAGCUCGCCUACCUGGUUGCCACCCACGAGCCUUGGCAGAAAUCUACCGCGGAAAUGGCCGACACAGCGAUGCGCGAGUCCUUCGACGGGAACCGAAACGAAGUGAGCGACGUCGACCAGAUCCACAGGGCGGUGGCCGCGCAGAUGCAGGAGAGGGCAGACUUCUACAACGCCGCAGUCACCGACCAGGAGCCCCACUACUUGCGGAACUACAGGGUGGUGGACAUGUUGCCCAUCAACCGCUGCAUCGAGAUCCAGGAAAGGUGCGAAAUACACUUCGGCCCACCCUGCAACGGCUACCCGACAUGUCCUGAUUUUGAAGGCGCACGAUCGCACGCGCCCGGCGACGUUUCCUACGACGAGGGGUCCGCGGGCCACCACGUCCCAACCAACUGGUUGCCGCAAGUAGAGGCGACCAGGAUUGCGAGACCGCCGCGCCGUCAUCCAGACCCAUGGGUUGAAACAGCCAGCAUACUUGACUACGGCUGCAUGGGGACUUUGGCCGCCGACAUGCUCAACCUCACGUCGCACAUCACUCCCGACGUCCGACGAGAAGGCCUGCGCAUGCUUGGCAAACUGAGGACGUCCUGGCACAACAACCUGGAGGGCGGCGAGGACGACUACCAGGCGGAGAUCCAACUCAGAGGGACCGCCUACAAGUGCGAAGGCACCGUCUUCAUGUGGACUCACCAGGCGUACCACUUCACCCCGGACCUUGGCAGCGGUCGACAUCACCGCAAGCCCGGUCCGUCACAGCCCACAUCUUCUUUCGAUUCCGCCAUCGCGAAGCGCCGCGACGAAAACGAUUUUAGCGCCACCGUUGACUGA